GUUUAGUUUUAAACCGGGACGAACACCCCCACAGACCCGGGUUAAUAGUUCCACCCGGCGACGCAUGAUGACGUAACGCAUUCGGGCGGGCAUUUGUGAGUAGUUUGAGGCCGCGCGGACAGAAAACAAACAGAGCGGCCCAUUCAUCUGCAGGUAGAAGCUGGUGUCUCAGCCCCAGAACAGCAUGUCCUCAGCGGGGAGAUGAGGUGGGAUCAGCUGGAGCUCAACCCGAGGAUCACAGCAGCCGUGAGGAGAGCCAAACUGAGCUCGGUCAGGGAGGUUUUAUGUGUUUCUGGUCCGGACCUGCAGAGACUCACUGGUCUGUCCCGCUCUGAUGUCCAGCAGCUGCUCACAGCUGCCGCCACCACCUGCAGACCACACCCACCAAUCCCAGCCCUCCUCCUCCAUCGUGGAGAGUGUCGCAGGUUGGAGUCGGGCCUCAGACUCAGUGUGGGCUGUCCUCUCUUAGACGAGCUGCUGAGGGGGGGUCUUCUUGUGGGGGGCAUCACUGAGAUCUCUGGAGAGAGUGGAGUGGGAAAGACUCAGCUGGCUCUGCAGCUCUGUCUGUCUGUACAGUACCCCACACAGUACAGAGGACUGAACUCAGGAGCAGUUUACAUCUGCACAGGGGACUCGUUUCCCAUCAGACGUCUGCAGCAGCUGAUCAGAGAACAGUCCUGUCUGCGCUCUGACAUCCCUCCGUCACUGAUCAGCAGCCUCCAGUUCAGCGACCACGUUUACAUCGAACAUGCUGCGGAUCUGGAGACUCUCCAGCUGUGUCUGUCCCGCCGUGUCCCCCUCCUGCUGGCUCGUGGCGUGGUCCGGCUCCUGGUCGUAGACUCGGUGGCGGCUCUGGUCAGGUGUCAGUUCCAGGCUGAUGAUUGGCAGGAGAGGAACAAACAGCUGCUCACUUUGUCCUCCACACUGCAUCAUCUGAGCCAGGAGUUCACCACACCUGUCCUCUGUAUCAACCAGGUCACAGAUGUUUUCAACAGAUCAGACGACAGUUUGGGUCCUCUGUCCUCCAACAUGUCACCUGCUCUGGGAUUGACCUGGGCCAACCAGGUAAUGGUCCGGCUGAUGAUGCGGCGUCUCCAGGGGACAGUUUCCCGCGGUGACCAGAGUAGCGCCCUCCGCAGGCUGGAGGUGGUGUUCGCGCCUCACCUGCCCCGGGACGGACGAGACGCCGCGGUGUGGAGGGAGGGGGUCCGCGGGUUGUCCACCUGUGACAGAUAAACUCCCAUUUAAAUAUAUGUAUAAAACACACAGGUCCCUGAAAAGUGUGUGAACAUGAAGUAAACCACUGUUUGUAUUUUAAUGGACGUUAUUUGGCCAAAAGUGUGUGGACAGUCCUGUGCUGCUUCUUACACUGAAAAUGUCCGUUUGCUGCCACAGACCGUCCUGUCUGCUGUCUGUCCCUGAGAACAGAAGAGGGACGUCCUGUCUACUGUCUCCUGACGUCUUCCCAUAAUGCCAUGACGCCAGUUUUUUGGCAGUGCGCGUGCGCCGAGUAAAGCUAGAUCAUGCGAUAGAAAAUAACAGGAUGUUGCUGCGUGUCUUUCAAAUUAAAAGCGUGAAAGGAAAGCUUUAAACGGGUUGAGCUCUUACUGUAGAAAAGUUAAGUUUAUUUCAAACAGAUUUUCUUUCUAAAUAGUGUUUUAAUUUUUCACUUGACCAACAUUAUUGAAUCAGAUUAAUUAAUUAAUCAUUUUGUCUUAGUAUCAUAAACACCAUCGCAAAUUUCUUCAUCUAGUAAAAAUGAGAUGUGGAUGAAAACCUCAGAAAACGUUCAGUGGAGAACGAGUGAUGAGCUGAACCUGAAGACGUUUUGCUUUAAAGUGGUUAUUACAAUAAUUAGUUGAGAUUUUAUUUCUUGUGUAAAAUAAAGAAAUAAAAAU